ACAAGCAAACAGUUUGGAUCUUCAGGCUAUCACUCAGGAAAGAUGUAGCUUACUGUGGAAUGACCCCAGGCCUUGGGGCCUGACGUUUGUCCUAUCUACUCUGCCUUCUCAGCCCACUGCUUUGUCUGCUCUCAAUUGUGACCUCAUAUUGUUCCAGAAUGAGCUCCUUCCUGGGCCUUUUAGUUUCUGGACUCUUCACUGUAAUGGAGCUAGGGCUGUAAGAAACGGUAUAUGUUGUGUUGACAACAGGGAUGGUUUUCCUGGGGAGUUAUUGACCAGGAAUGGAUGCCAGUUCAGCUAAGGGGGUCCCAGUUUGUCAUGGCCAAACUGAUUCACUGUCCUCUGCACUCUGGGGGCCACUAGAUAAGGAAUGACGAGGGAAACCAAAGAAAGUAAGCAGGACAGAGCAGAAGACUGCACAGCCAGCAGAAGGCAGAAGCAUCUCAUAGCUAAAUGAUGCUUUUCCCACUGAGGGCAGGGGACAAAACCCAAACCUUACAUGAGGCUGGCCAGACUAUGUCUGAGUGCUAAGGUGGCCUCACCUCACCCCAUCCCCCGGCUGCCUUCCUCACAAUGGGGUUCAUUGCUGAGGUGUCAGAGGGAAUACUAAGGAGGGUGAGGCAGGGGCCUGCCUGCCAGACACCCGCAGGGCUCUGGCCCAUUCAAGCAUGAACCAUACCAUCUGGGCUCCGCCACUCCCAGCGCGCUCUGCGUGAGGCCUAGGGCCCUGGAGGACUUCUUAGAGUUCCUCCAGCAACCAUCAUGCAAGGUGGUGCUGGGGACUGCCCUCUUGCUAGGAGGUGGAGGCCUCAUGCUGUGGGCUCAGAGGAGGAAAAGGGAGACAGAGUGUGCUCGAGACAAGUCUUCCGAAUCCUGCCGAUCAAAUGACAGCUGGAUCAAGUCUCACUUUAGCCGCCUCUCCGAAGAGAGGUUGCCCACCCACCGCUAUGGCAGCAACAAUGGCCCCUCGUAUGAAAAUAGGCACGGGGAAGCCAGCACCACCUUCCACAUGGAGACCCUCACCUCCAAACACGGAGGAGGGAGCAUGGCUCUGCACCGAGAUUCCUUUGCCAGCAAACAGAAGGUGUCUGGGACCUCAGUGACCAAAGAGACCCAGAGGGAAUCAAGAAAGCCCUCGUCAAUGGAGGACGAAACAUGGGCCGCUGUGGCUGCUUGUGCCAAGGAGAUCGAUGCCAAGGGGCAUCACCUGGCUAAUUCCAUGCUGCAGCGCGCCACGACCUACCAGCAUAUAGGCCACGUGGAAUCCAGGGACAUCAGCCCAGAAGAGCUGAAGGCUCUGGAGGAGGUGGAGAUAAAGCUGAAAGGGAAUUUCCUCACUCAGCGGGAAACCUCCGUAGCUGGUUCCAACCAAACGCACACCGUCUACAGCCAGAGUCACCAUGGGCACCAGAGCCAGCAUAGGCAUUCAGACCACCAGAGUAAUCAGAGUCAUCCUGCUUACUCCAGCCACCAGGGUCAUCACCCAGAUCACUUGAGCCACCAGGGUCAUCCAAGUUACUCAAGCCACCAGAGCCACCAGAGUCAUCUGGGCCACUCAAACCACCAGGGUCACCAGGGUCACUCAAGCCACCAGGGUCAACCAGGUCACGCAAGUCAUCAGAGCCAUAGUCUGCCCAACCGCAGCCACCAAAUCUAUGGCUCUUGAAGCCACUUAACCAUGUGCCCCCUCCCCCAGCAGGGCCGGCUCACAUAUACAGGCCUGUUUUCUCUUCUAUGGGGAAACCUACUUGGUCCAGGGUGAGAGGCUGCCACCCAAAUCCCUACUUCUGGCCCCCAUGAGUAAGGGAGGAAGGGAUGCAGCUUCAACAGCCCGAGGACCCUGAAGACCCAUGAGAAAAGACAUGAGGCAGAUUACAGGAGCAGCCACCACAAGCCCCACACUGACUCCACAUGCCUGAAUGGAGCCAAUAAAGCCCUGCGUGCCCUCAUUCUGUGUCCAGAGACUCUGUGGCCAGCUGAGUUCUGGGCAAGGUUGGAGGAGAGGGUGUGUCCCCAGCAGUUCUGUAGGUGGGCCUUGGCUGGGGGCCUUCUCACUGCACCAGCCUUAAGACCAUGGCAGUUUCCCCUGCCGGAGGUCUCACACCCAUCUGCCUACUGCUGCCGAGGGACCAGGGUGGAGCACAGGCUGG